GGAGUAGGAAGUUUUGUGUAGGUCUAACUUGGAAAGGUCAAGGGUCAGUGCGGAGUUUCUGUUGGUGAUGAUGAAGCAGACGAUCCAGAUUUUCGCUAGAGUGAAGCCCCCCGAGCGGAAGCAGCAGCAAGGGAUUUAUUCUAUAGAUGAAGAUGAGAAAUCAGCACCUAGCUUGGAAAUUCUCUUACCCCGAGAUCUAGCGGAUGGAUUUGUGAACAACAAGCGGGAAAGCUACAAGUUUAAAUUUCAAAGGAUUUUUGACCAAGAUGCAAAGCAAGACAUCAUUUUCGAAAUCAUUGCCAAACCAGUCGCCCAGAGUGUCUUGGCAGGCUACAAUGGUACCAUCUUUGCAUAUGGGCAGACAGGCAGUGGCAAGACCUUCACCAUCACAGGUGGGGCUGAGCGCUACAGUGACCGAGGCAUCAUCCCAAGAACUCUGUCUUAUAUUUUUGAGCAGUUGCAAAAGGACAGCAGCAAGAUCUACACAACACACAUUUCUUACUUGGAAAUCUACAAUGAGUGUGGCUACGACCUGCUGGAUCCGAGACACGAGGCCUCCAAACUGGAAGAUCUGCCGAAAGUGACAAUAUUGGAGGACCCUGAUCAGCGCAUUCACCUGAAAAACCUGUCUCUUCACCAGGCAACAACCGAGGAGGAAGCUUUGAACUUGCUCUUCUUGGGAGACACCAACAGGAUGAUUGCGGAGACUCCUAUGAACCAAGCUUCAACCCGAUCACACUGUAUUUUCACUGUUCACUUGACCAGCAAGGAGCCGGGAUCUGCCACUCUCCGACGCGCAAAGCUCCAUUUGGUUGACCUGGCAGGGUCAGAGCGUGUUUCGAAGACUGGAGUGGGGGGCCUGCUCCUGACAGAGGCCAAGUACAUUAACCUGUCGCUGCACUACCUGGAGCAGGUCAUCAUCGCCCUUUCUGAAAAGCGCCGCACACACAUCCCUUACAGGAACUCCGUGAUGACCAGCGUGCUCAGAGACAGCCUGGGAGGGAACUGCGUGACCACUAUGAUCGCCACUCUCUCACUAGAGAAGAGGAACAUCGAUGAGUCCAUCUCUACCUGCAGAUUCGCUCAGCGAGUGGCCCUCAUCAAAAAUGAAGCUGUCCUCAAUGAAGAAAUUGACCCCAAACUGAUGAUUACCCGCUUGCAGAAGGAGAUUGCUGAUCUGAAGGCGGAGCUGGCCAUGGCCACUGGGGAGUGGAGGACCGAGGCCCUCACGGAAGAAGAGCUCCAUCAGCUGGAAAAACUGAUAGCAUCCUUUUUGGAAGACCAAGAUCCAGAGAGUAGACUGGAAGUUGGUGCCGAUAUGCGUAAAAUCCAUCACUCUUUUCAUCAUUUUAAGAAGCUGUUGAAUGACAAGGACAGCAUGAAGAAUACAGUCUCCUCCGAAACCACACACCAAGCAUGCCAAGAGCCAUUGAAGGAUGAAGAACAUACAAAGCUCCGAGACCUGCUCAAGCAGAGGGACAAUGAAAUCAAUAUCCUGGUCAACAUGUUAAAAAAGGAAAAGAAGAAAACUCAGGAUGCUCUCCUCUUAUCGAACAUGGAGAAGAGUGACGCUAGGCUGCCCCGGAACUCACCCUUCAUUCCUGGGAGCCCAGCAGCUCAGAGCACCUCGGUCCCCUCAGCCCCGAGCCAGGCCCAGGACCUCAGCAUCUGCAGGCACAGAUCCAGUUUGCUCCACAGAAAAACAGGGAUGAGAGAGGAGAUGUCACUGGGACGCCAGGAGGCUUUUGAAAUUUUCAAGAGGGACCAUGCAGACAGUGUCACCAUCGAUGACAACAGACAGAUUCUCAAGCAGAGAUUUUCUGAAGCAAAGGCUCUGGGAGAAAGUAUAAAUCAAACGAGAAGUAAAAUUGGUCAGCUGAAGGAUGCCAUCACCCAGCGGCACCUGCAGCAAGUAGCUCUUGGAAUCUCAGAGAAUAUGGCCCCACCCUCCAUACCUGACCUCCAGGAAGAGAAACUGCGAUCACAGCUGGAAGAGGAAAAGACCAGGUACAAAACAACAUUCAUGCGCCUGAAAGCCUUGAAGGUGGAGAUUGAGCACCUGCAGCUGCUCAUGGACAAAGCCAAGGUGAAGCUGCAGAAAGAGUUCGAAGUCUGGUGGGCUGAGGAGGCCACCAAUCUGCAGGUAAACUCCCCAGCCACGAAUCCCCAGGAACACCUGAAGCCGGUUCCCCAGCAGGACCAGCCACAGAUUCUCCUCAGGAAAAGUUCUCAAGGCCGGGAAGCUAAAGAUGGAGUUAGCAGUCUGGAUAUCUGCUACGACAGGGAUGCCAGAAGAAUCUUCCCCUCCCCAUGCCCCAGUCAGCACAGCCAAGAGCCCAGUAGCUCCAGGACCCAGCUGCAAGACAGGCCAAUGUCAUCCAUCCCUCUCACUGGAGACAGCCAGACAGAUUCUGACAUCCUGGCAUUCAUCAAGGCCAGGCAGAACGUUCUGCAGAAGAAAUGCCUGGGAAGCAACUGACUUUCUGAUGGAGUCCAAGCCUGCCCUGCAGACAGAGUGACUGAUGCGAAGAUAAAGACCCUGCCCCUCACUAGUGACCUCGGAUAUGACAUAAAGCCACCCCAGAGCAGUUGGC